AUGGCUCAAAAUAGUCGCUGGGAUGCCAUUCUCGCUGUCGCAGACCUUCCUCCCCCAGGACCUUCUUACUACGCCGCAAGGAGAGCCCUAUGGCUCACUCCGCGGAAUGAUUCUAAUCAGCCCAAGGCAAGCAAGGAGCCACUUGCUCUUGCCCAACAGAAGAAGUUGUCAGAUCUAGUCAACGAUCCGUCCAAGGCUCAAACAGAAUCGGGCUGGAACGAAGGGAUUCGAUUGGUCUGGGAAGGCCUAAGCAGUGGCCGAAAAUUGACUAUUUCAAUGCCUCUCUCACUCAUCAUAAAAAUUACGCAUGCGGCUUGGAUCAGAGACAGUACGUGGCCGUCGGGUGCUAUGGCACCAGAGCCAGAUGAUGAGCUACCCGUUUAA